UCAUGAUUGACGUUGUCAGGAAGUGGGAUGUGGCCAGAUUGUAUUUGUGCUGCUGUUCGAGAUAUGAAAAUCAUUGAAUCAGCGCGCUUCGGGACCUCUGCUUCGUCGCAGGUGACCGCGGGGAUUAGGACAGUGUUGCCGAGACUCGCUCGAGUUGCCGUGGGUGGUCGAAGGCAGCAAACAGAGCCGCUUGGCUGUCUGCGUCUGGACUGGGCCACUUUCCUAAAGGUCUCACCACCGCACGCCCAAACAAUGUAUCGCACAUAUACCCAAGGCGGUUCUUACGUAAAAAGUAUGUGAAUCCAUACAGUGACGUCUUUUUACUUGAUGAAGGACCGGGAUUAGUGGGCUGUGUUGUUUAUUACUAAUGUCAGCAAGUCAUCAUCGCCGAAUUAUGAUGAAAUCCACGUUAGCGCUCGGCAGACUGGAGCUGACUUCCAGCACAGUCCCUGCCGGGGUCAACAUCAGCCCGUGCAUCUCCCCCGGACUCUCCGCCAAGGAGAAGAGCGGCCAGCGGCCAAAGGAACCGCAAGGCCCGGCUCACCUGGAUGGAUGCGUGCCUCUGUCUCAUCAGGUGGCGGGUCACAAGUAUGGAGUCGAUAAAGUGGGAAUUCUGCAGCAUCCAGAUGGAACAGUCUUGAAGCAACUCCAGCCUCCACCCAGAGGACCAAGAGAGAUGCAGUUUUACAGCAUGGUAUAUGCAGAGGACUGCUGUGACCCAUUUCUUCUGCAGCUCCAGAACCAUCUACCAAAAUAUUACGGCACCUGGUCCUCUCCUGAUGCACCUAAUGACCUAUACAUGAAGCUAGAGGAUGUGACUCGACACUUCGUCAAGCCGUGCAUCAUGGAUGUGAAGCUCGGCCAGCGAAGCUACGAUCCUUUCGCCUCACAGGAGAAAAGGGAGCAACAGAUCAAGAAGUACCCACUAAUGGAGGAGAUAGGCUUUCUUGUCCUUGGCAUGAGAGUUUACAAGCUUUGCGAUGACACGUUUGACACGUUCGACCAACAUUAUGGAAGGGGACUUCUGAAGGACACCAUUAAAGACGGCCUGGCUAAAUUCUUCCACAACGGCGUUUGUGUCAGGAAGGAUGCCGUGGCAGCCAGCAUCCGCAGAGUGAAAACUAUCCUCGGCUGGUUUGAGUCUCAGCGUCAGUUGGCCUUCUACGCCAGCUCUCUUCUCUUCGUCUACGAGGGUCUCCCCUCGUCUUUCACCUCAAGCGCCUUUUCCUCCUUUUUCAGCACACCCACAAUCAGCCCAAUUGCGGGCAGCAGGAGUUGGGAUGGGGAGGAAGAAGGAAUGCUGGAAAUAGGAGGCAAGAAAGAAGAGAUGACAGAGUACAACAACAACUUUCAGGUUGCAGUGCCCUGUGAUUGCAGCCUAGACUCUGUUUAUACCAAUCAUAGGAAAGGUGGCCUCCAUAUUUGUGCUAAGAGCAAAAUUAAUGGCAAAGGUGGAGAUGCUUGCACUUUGGGGACAACAACACACCAACCCAUUUCUGGAGAGAAACUGCCAAAGGACCGUGAGCAAGACAACUCUACCUGGUUGUCCCAACAACCACCAAACGGAAAUGGAAACAAAUCCCAACUGGAAGGGAAGGCAGAGGACAAAGAGAGGGAGAACAACAGCAGGAAAGAGGAGGACAUAGUGCGAGGACAAGGAGGAGAUGACGCGGCAGCAUUGAGCAGAAGGGAUGCGGACGUGGAAGUCAAGAUGAUUGACUUUGCCCACGUUUUCCCCAGCGAGAGCCACGAUCAUGGCUACAUUUACGGCCUCAAGCGUCUGCUGACUGUGUUGGAGCAGAUCCUGUGCGAUGAUGUUUAGGCUCCUCCUCAUUUACCUUCUGAAAAUUAACCACUGUCCUCCUACCUUUCCAUUCUCAAAUAUUGGAACGGCCAUCAUCAUCUCACCUGUGGUAGCUCUCGUGUGUGUGCAUGUUUGUGAAAGUCAGAGGCUGACAGUAGCUCGACAUGCUAACCAUUCCGAUCGAGGUAUCGUUCAUGACGCUCACGAUGAACCAACUCCAAAAUGUGACCUAACCUUUCCUGUAGUCCUUUUAAAUUACACUGGAUUUGACAAAUCUAUUUUUAUAUCAUGGCCACAAAAAAUGUUGUUUCUCAGAACAUCUCAAAUCUUAAGUGAGCCACAGAUGUUUAUAUUGUUGCAACUAUUUGAUAAUAUUUUUAGGAGGUGGUUUUUGUAAGGAUGCUGAGAGACAUUAGCUCUAUGCAUGAAAAAAGUGUACUUUCUAGUAUUAUUUUUGAAACCAUAGAAAAUAGGCCAAAGCUCAAUUUUAGAAAAAAAAAAUCAGACAUGUGAUCUAUUAAAAUAUUCCACGUUACGUUCGAAUUGGUAAACCUGAUUGUGUGUUUGCACAGGUUGUUGAUACCAGACAUCGAUGCAACAAGACAUCCACUGUUCCAUUCUGUCACGUUAUUCGUAAACCAAUCAGCAGACAGCAGUUUGUGCAACUCCACCCUACACAACAAAUGUUUACACUUUGACCGUAAUUGUCCUGUUUAGCUUAGUGUCUUUGCAAUUGCUUUGCCACACGCGAUACUGAGAGCAGAUCAGAGAAGUAAACACAACUAUUUAGAGACGGAAACUACAUAAUGUAUGUUUAUGUGGAUACAUUUUUAAUUUGUGGAAACAAUUUAGAAAAAUACAAACAAUCUGACCAACAGCAAUUAUAAUACAACUUAUCAAAGCUCUUGCUCUAGCGUUCUUGGUAUGAUACUACCUGGCACUACCACAAAUGUCCUGUCGCUUUGGUGGUCAUAUCCCCUGUAGCUCCCUGCCUAUAGAAGACAUUUUCCUAACAUUUAGGGACUGCUUUGGUAUCCUGUGAUGUAUUGUUUUCAACAUGAAUGCAGUAUUAGUAACAGUGUCUCUCAGCAUUCACAUACAAUUUCAGUCUUUGAGCAAUUUAUUAAAUUUUGCUCUGUGCAGCAUUAAAAUGCUGCAUAAUUAGCUCGGGUCAAAGUCUUACUAAUGUGUUCAGGGCUUUCAAUUGUAUCAUGCUAUCGCCACCAGAAAACGGUUGUUCGUUGUGUUUGGUCAUUGCAACAAUAGUACAAUCUGUAAACAGUUACAACUACGCUAUUGCAACUGGAUUUUCUUCAUUUAGGUUUACAGUGCAUUUUCAACUGGAAUUUGAAGCUCAUCAACAAUGUCAAAUUCAAGCAUGGUUUCCGAAAGCUUAAACUGACCUACUUUACUGCCAUAUCAGCCAGGUUAUCUGUACACUUUUACUUUGUGUUGUCACUUUUGUGUUUUUGUAGAAUCCAGUGUCAACAGGGAUUUGACUCAGGUAAUUCAUGAAAAAAAUCACUCCAGGAUGCAUUGUUAAUAUUAGAGGUUGUAAUGGCAUUAUAUAUGGAUGCAAGUAUGUAUGUAUGUGGACUUAUAUCUAUGCAUGAUUGUGUAUAUACAAAUGUUUGUUUGUAUGUAUGUAUACAUACGUACAAACAUACAUGUAUGAACUUGUAUAUGUAUCCAUUUUUCUGCUUGCCAUAUAUAUAUAUAUAUAUAUACACACACACAGUAUGUAUAUAUACAUACGUUUGUGUAUAUGUAAUACAUAUGUGUGUGUGGAUAUCUGUAUAUAGCUUUUUCCGUAUCAUAGGGCGCACCGGAAUAUACGACCGAUGAGGGUGUCAGGUCUAUAGUCAUACAAAAGGCGCAUUAAGGGGUCUUAUGAUUUUUUUCUUAAUUUAAUAUGGUCUACAUAACAUGUAAUGGUGGUUCUUUGGAUAAAAUGUUGAAAAGAUUGUUUAAAGACCAUCUUCAAGUCGCUUUAGGAUGCACUGUUUUGUGGGCGGUCUAAUUUACGUGGUUCCACUUCGACAGAGUCUUCUCCCUGUCACCUUUGUUGUAGUGGUGUAGCGUGCAAGGACGGGGGUGGAAGAAGUGUCAAAAAAUGGAACUAACUGUUUUAAUGACAUUCACACUUUCUUAAAUCUAUAAAGGAGCAGCAUCUCCUCAUCCGAAGCUAACAAUUGCAAAAACAACAUCGGAAAUGUGUCCCGUGAAAAACCGGCCAGUCGGGAGUCUCUAAUAACUUAAAUUCCGUGGAUGAAUUAAGUAAACCCACUAUACUGGUAGUUUUUAGCACUUCCAUAGCGAGUCUACUGUCAGAUUUAAGUCAAAUCUUUACUCUACUUUGUAUUAGAAAUGAUAACAGCGAAGGACGAAUGUCCCAUUACAAGAAGGUCGAGAAAAAGGAGCUUAUUGACUACGUUGUCGGCACGGACUACAAUGGCGGAUUCCUGCAAAUUUUCAGGACUUAUACAGAUCCCAAGUACAGAUCAGCAAGUACCAAAAGGUAAGAAAAGUUGGUUUUGCAUAAUAUUGCGAAACAAAAUGUAAGAUAAUAUGUCGGCUAAUAGGUGGCAUUUUGUGGUCCUUAUACACACAGUAAUAAUACCCAUAUGUUGAAGUACAGCACAUCUGACUACGGUAGUCUUAAUGCUCCGACAAGCCAAGCGGCGCAGCUGCAUAGCUUGCCAAAGUCGUACCAAGACUUAUUGAGCGCCUUGUGUAAUGUUCUAUAUUCUAAAUGCCGUCAUAUUGCAGUCCACACGUAUCUCUUAGGUGUGACUGCUAUCCACUGGUCACACUUAUUACACCAUGUACCAAAUAUAAUAGCUUUGAGGUCGGUAAGCAGAACCAGAAUUAUUCCGCAUUAUAAGUGCACGUUAUAGUCGGAAAAAUACGGUGUGUAUUUGUUUGCGUGUGUGUACAUGAUAGACAAGCAGUAGAAAAAUGGAUGUAUAUGUGUGUAUGUAUAUAUAUAUAUGCGAGUAUGUUUUUUUACUUUGCUUUUAAAUAAUAGACCUGCCUGAAUACUUGUGCUUUCGUUUGGUUCUGGUUUCUGAUAUUUGCGACCUUAUUUUUUUAUAUUAGAGGGUCAAAUAUUUGAGAGGCUGUGCUGCAAUUGAUAUGACAAAAAUGAUUAAUGGUGUGCUCUUUUUGCCAUUGUUGUAGUUGUUGUCAUGGAUUGGAGAAUGAAUGACUGAACAGUUGGAACAAUUCUGUUCCGGUGGAUACAAUUUAAUAAGACCACAACUUCUAAAGUCGAGUUUUAAGUCUGUAAUGAUGAAAGUGAGUCCUGCUUGGUGGGUGUGGGUGGAGAUAGACAGCAAAUGAAUGUUAUUGUUUUUCCUUUUUUGUUUUGUUUUUUGGAAGGGGGUCAAAUAAUUUUAAAGAAGACACACCGGUAUAGAAAAAAAUACUUGUAACGUCAAAACUCAGUGGAAUACUGUAUUGUUCCAAAUAUAAGUCAACCCCUUAUUUUUAAGACUUGUUUAUGGCCAUGUAAGAGGAAUUAAAGAUGGUUAAAUGCCAUGCUGUUUUCAGUAGCGGUGAAAUAGCGGGUAGAUUGCAAUGAAACACUUAACGGUGACAUGAGGCACCAAUACACUUUCACUCAUUCAUAAACCCUCCUGUCAGUCUCAUGGAAGUCAAGCACAAUAACCUUUUGUUCCAGAUUGUGACAACUAUGUGCAUCACACUUCCAUGUCUUAAAGCAACUUGACACUUUUUUGCUUCAUUGAUUAUCAUUGUCUUUAAAUUAGCAUAAGAACUCUGUUUGGUAACUUGCCCACCUCUGAGAAACAUAUUCAAGUUUUUUUUGGUAUGUGUAUGUCACGAUGAAAAGCUCCAGCACCACCUGCUGCUGCUUUGCAUCCAGACAUUGAAUAUAAAACAUGUCUUUUCAGAAUUUUCAUUAUGGCGAAGAAGUGUUCCUUUAUCCCAGCCAACAGGGAGUUUCAACACUUGAAGGCUAACUCCUCACUUGAAAAUAAGACAGGCCUCAAACAUGUCACAGGUAUUUUAAAACCCCAAGAAAGCAUGUUAAAUGUGUGAAAAGGAGACACACAAAACAUAUCCUUUAGUUCUAAGCCAGGAGUGUCAAACAUACGACACAAACAGGUUUUAUCCGGCCUGCAGGAUGAGUUUGCUAAGUAUAAAAAAAGCCAAAAUUGUUUGAAUGAAAGAAACUGCUGAUCUAAAUGUGUGCACUACAUGUCGCAAUAGCAAUUCUUUUUAUCUUUGUAAAUGAUUCUACAUAUGUAAAAAAAAAAAAACAUUAAUGCACCAGUCGAGGAAAAUGAGCAAACUUCAUAAAUAACAUCCUGUAAUUUGAUUUUGAUAUUUUUUUACCUUGGUGGUUUGACAAUUAACACCAAUUAGUUCACCGAUGAACAUGAUCACAUCAUUUAUUCAGAAAGUAUAAAUAACGAAAAAAUAGAGAUAGAAUACUAUUAACCGCAAGAUGCAACAUGUAAGUGUAACAAAAAACAUGAUUUGUACAUUUUCAGAAUGUGCCUUUUCUAUUUUUAAACAAAGAAUACAAUCUGAAGUUGUGUUUAUUUUUAAGUUAUUAUGCCGUGAUUUUACCAGGCUGGCCCACUUGGGAGUAGAUUUUUCUCCAUGUGGCCCCCCAUCUCAAAUGAGUUGGACACCCCUGUUCUAAACGUAUAGUUGUUUGCCUCAUUUUAUUUUAUUUUUCCCAAUUGUGUUCAAAUUUGCCAGAUGGAUUCCAAUCCAUGAUUAGUAAUAAUUCUGUAUAUUUAUAGAGGUUUGUAGUUUGCUGUUAAUAUAAGCUGACGCUGCAGAAAAGAUGGCUAGAUAGAGGAAACUGAGACUAAAAAUGCAGGAACCACUUGGAUAAUGUGAAAAUGAAACACCAGAACCUUAAGUAGAAUUCAGGUUCGGAACUUUGCUGGUAAAGUAAAACUAAUAUUCUCCUAUUGGUCCGCUCAACACUAAUAUAUUUAUCUAGUACAUGAAAUAUUACUUUCAUUGCUGCUGGGCAUUGGUUUCAAUCCAACAUUUUGCAAGGUGUGUGUGUGUACGUGUGUGUGAUGUUUACUGCCCUACUUUGAACUGAAGUGCACAUGCAGGCCUUUAACACACAAUAUGUAGCCUUUAAAUAUAUACAGUAUACAAUGAAAAUGAUAACCCCCUUUGUAUUAGAGCCCAACUGCAACUUUAAUGUGACAAAAAGAUACGGCUGGUAAUUACAAUCAACAUUCAGUACAUUUGAAGAGUCUUUAAACGUUUACAUGAUUUAGCAAAGCUGUAUCUGGAACCCCUUCAUAGACUUGAUUGGGUUUUGUCUUUGUGUUCUUGAUAUUUUUCUUCUUUCAGUCUGGCAGCUUUAUCAGUCCAUAUCCUGCAUAUUUACCUGUAAUAAUUGUUGUCACUGAUGGAAGUUUGUUGUGUAACGCCAUAACCAUGCUACCAUACUUUUUCACACGCCUAAUUUGAUGUACAAAUCUUUUACAGCGGAAUAGUCUACUAUUUUUUAAAUGAUCCUUAUCAGUUAUAACGACAAAGCAGGGGUGAGACAUGUACAUUAUACUAAAGUUAUUACAAUUUAUUAUGAAAAAACACAAAGAAAUAUAAGGUUCUUACUUCUAGUCUUGUUUUGUUUGACAAACUUUAUUGAGCCCAAACACAUAGCAGUGUAGUCUCUAAAUUGAAAUGUUUAAUUUGAUUCAAUAUCAAGUUUUUGGGGGGCAAUUGAAGUAAGCUGUUUAAACUAUGAUCAACAAUAAAAGGGUUGACUGCUGUUUGAAAUCAAAUGUAAAAACAAUAAAACUCUCUCAUCCUUAA